AUGCCCGUGGUGCCAAGGGGCGGGGCUCAGUUCGCGCAGCUGGUGACCUCCCAGUCCUUGGCCAUGGUGUCCAGCGUGCAGAAGCAGUGCAGCCUCGGCUUCGACCUCUCGGCCAUCGGCUGCCUGCAGGAUACGGGCAAGAUCUUCUUCAGCAAGCAGUGGGGCUUCCGACUGAACACGCUGCCGGAUCUUGUACAGAUGUCCGAGCGGCUUCCUGUGUUCGAAGUGGACUUCCAGACGGGGGACAGGCGCGGGAUCCCGGCCAUGCAGUGCUUCAAGCUCAAGGCGCUGCGCAGCGGCGUGGUGCACGCGGUGGUCUCCUCCUGGGAGGUGUGGAGCGAUGAGGCGAAGACGCACAAGAUCACCACACAUCCAGAGGACACCAAGGACCCGGGCUGGGGCUUCGCGCGGGACAUGCAGUGGGGCCAGGGCUUGCAGCUCAUCGAGGACUUCGACCUGGCGCAGCAAGGUGAGAGGUCCGCUGCUCCGAAGCCCUUCCAAGUCACCGAGGGCGAGGAGCUGCUGCUCACCGUGCGCAUGAGUAUGCCCUGCCGCCAGACCUUCCAGCAGCGAUCCGCCGGCGCCUGA